UAUAAUGCCAUUAUACGGCAUAAUAGAUCUAUUAUGCGCAUAAUGGGCAUGCCUAAUGACAACUACAACUAGAAUCAACCAUCACGUAAGUUUAACUCAUUACCUCCGGCCUCCAUCCCGACCUGCUUAGCUCAUUUUCCAUCUAGCGGAUGCUCACCUUCCCUAUCGCGAAUACAUUAAUCCUUUCGUUCAUAGUAUUAUUGUUGUUCCUCUUAACGGCCACAUUCGCCAGAACGAAUUCCGAUCCCACUAUGGCGAUGCGCCGAGCUCCACCGCUGUUAUUCCCGGCUGCCGCCAAGCACACAGCUACUGUCAUUUUCAUCCACGGAUUGGGUGAUACCGGGUACGGAUGGGCAUCGGCAGUAGAGAACUGGAGACGGAGGCAGAGAUUGGAUGAGGUCAAAUUCAUCCUGCCCCAUGCCCCGCGCAUCCCAGUUACAGCUUCGGGCGGAAUGUCUAUGCCUGGGUGGUACGAUAUUUUUGCACUCACUGGCAAAAUAGACGAUAUCAAAAGGCAUCAAGAUGAGAAUGGUAUCAUGCAGAGUAGAGAGUACUUUCACGGGCUGAUCCAAGCUGAGAUCGACUCUGGGAUACUCCCUAACCGCAUCGUACUUGGUGGCUUCUCACAAGGCGCCGCCAUGUCCCUCUUUACUGGCUUGACGGCUAAGUUCAAGUUAGCUGGCAUAGUCUCGCUUUCGGGCUACCUACCCCUAGAAUCAAAGCUUGACGAUCUUCUCAAAGAGAACGAUCACAACCAUCAAACACCAAUCUUAAUGUGCCAUGGAGAUGAGGAUGGAGUCGUACCGACGAACUUGGGCAAGAUGUCUUACGAAUCACUGAAGAACCGUGGUUUCGAUGUGACAAUGAAAAUAUAUCCGGGAUUGCCUCAUUCAGCCUGCAUAGAGGAACUUGAUGAGGUUGAGUCUUUCCUGAAGGCUCGUCUCCCACCUCAAGACAACAAGAAGACGGAACUCUAAAUUCGAUAGGACUGGGGAAGUGGAUAUUCAAUGCGAUAGAGAUAUAUUAGAGCAAGAGAGACUAUUAUGACGCUAAUUCUACAAGGUGGUUCGUAUGAUGUGCAAGUCUAGAUGGUGUUCGUUGCGGAUUGGACGAUAGAGACGAUUUGCAGUGCAAAUCAGAAUGGUUGGAGGCCAUAGUAUGAUUAUAAAUAUGAUUGGACGUGCGGCGGACUUUCUUUACUAGGUACUUAGACGCCAGGCUCGAGAUACAUGUAUAGUCUGCAGGUUAUGGAUGGAUGUCUUAGAAUUCUUAAGUUCAUCUGACACGCCGAACCUCAUUAGAGUUCUCGGUCAAAUUUACAAAAUUGAUCAUAAAGCUUCAAUAUAUUAAAUAUAAUUAGGAUCGUAUUAAGAAUAUCUAUGUAGACCCAAGUAACCAUUGAGAAAUUACCUAGUGAGAUAGUGGGUGGGAUAUCAGGU